AUACAGGUUUGUCCAUCUGGGUGGCAGAGUUUUGUGCACCUUCAAUACUUGAGUCUCAAACCAUUUGCUCAGUUUUCAUUAAUAUAAGAAGUAGCGGCCAUCCUUCUGAUAAUGGCCGCUACUUCUGAUAGCGGCCAUCCUACUGGACUGGGAAUUAGAUAGUUUUGAUUAGUGGAGUGUGUGGUGAUUAUUCAAAAGCUUUCCAUUUUGGUAAUUAUAAGCUACAAUUUCAACGUCUACUUAUAUUUUGGCAGGACGACAACAAAAGGAGCCAGUAUAAACCAUGUUUGCUAGACUCCAAGAAAAUUGAACUGCGGUAUCAUGUAUACUUCUAAAAAGUUCUAAUUCAGUAAUAAACGAACAAAACCAUUGAAGGACUCGGUGGAAUGGGCAGGCUCUGUAUUCCACAAAUAACAAAACCCAUUGAAGAACGAACCCAAUUCCCCCACCACCAAAAAAGGAAAAUUAAUAAAAACGAAAAAAAGGGAUGAACUCAAACGACGUCGGUUCUACGGAUUGGAGCAGGCCUCAGCUGCUCUCUCUCUCUCCCCUCCAAUUCCUGAGAUUUGCUCUCACUUUCUCAUCCAAAUUUGGCCUUUACUCCGAACCCUAACAUUGACGAACACAGUUUUCAAUUUCCCAUAACCGAAAAAAUGGAAUUGAUAACAUCAGGGAAUCUGAGAGCCUCUGCGGUUUCAAUUCCUCCAAUAGUCACCGUGAGUAGCUGCUUCUACAGGCCACCACACCACAGGUUCUCCUUCACAUAUUGGACAUACCCAUUUCCUAAUAUCCCCAACAGGUCCCAUAUAGUCCUCGCCCGGAAGAGAAACCCAGAAGCCGAGCCAGUUCUCAAACCAACCAUUGUUGAAGAAGUGUCAUCGGACGAUGAAGAGGACGAGGCUGUCUUUGAUGACUUUGAAGAUGAGGCAGUAGUGGAUGAUGGUGAUGAUUAUUUUGAAGACGAUUGUGUGGCAAAUAAUGCUGAAGUCUAUGUCGGAGAUGGAGGUGGAGGAGGUGGUAUUUCCCUUGCUGGGACUUGGUGGGAUAAAGAAGCAUUAAGAAUAGCUGAAGGGGUUUCGCUAUCCUUCGAUGGUGACUUGAAAAUAUAUGCCUUUAAAACAAUGUUAAACUGCACCAUUCAAGUGCGCAUCGAGAAGCUCUCAAAUAAGUCUGGUUCCCCCAGUAUGGAAGAUAUUGAAGCUUUCUCUGCAACCUAUAGAGCACGUUUGGCUGAAGCAGAACUCAGUAAAUCUAUACCUGAGAGUGUCUCUUUGGAGGUGUCAUCUCCUGGUGUUGAAAGGGUAGUUCGGAUUCCAGAUGAGCUGGAUCGGUUCAAGGAUCGGCCUUUGUAUGUGAAAUAUGUCAAUGAGGUUGCAGCAACCGGUCCAUUGUCCGAAAAUGAUGGUGUCUUCAGGCUUGUUUCUUUUGACAUGGAAAGUAAAUGUUGCACUUGGGGUUUAGCGGACGUGAAGAUAAAUAGAGAAAAAGCGGGGAAAGGAAGACCACUUAACAAAAAGCAAAGGGAGUGGCGUUUGAACACACCAUUUGAUUCUUUAUGUUUAGUCCGGUUGUAUUCAGAUAUUUAAUUGUUUUGUUUUUCACUACUUUCUCUCUUCAAAUCAUUUGCCUCUCCAGAAUACUCUACAAGUAUACAUAGAUAUAACAUUGUAGAUAAAUAAAUGUAUAUUGUUAAAAAAGUCAUCUUUCUCAAUUUGUCAUCACUGAAAACAGUUCUAUCUCCAAAAUAAUGAGUUGCAAAUUGUUAUAUUACUGCAUAUAUACUAAUUAACUCGUUGUAUUGCUGCAACCAUAUUAAUAAAUUCUGUUUGUUUCUUAUGAA